AUGCCCCAAACAAACACGGAGCAGACUCCGGGCUCCCAACGCCUAUCCAACGAUGACUUCCGUAAGUUGCUUAUGACGCCCCGUUCGACCCCAGCCAAUGCCCCAGCAGCCCCUGGGUCGGUUAAAGAUGCCAUGCAAAACAGUUCCAGUAUGCCGCCCCCCAAGAUUGAGGACAAACUUGAAGCUCGGAAAAAACGAAAGAGUUUUUAUGCUAAACUUAAGAAGCAGGAGGAUACCAAAAUAGCUGAGCUUGCUGAGAAGUAUCGUGAUAGAGCUGGAGAAAGGAGAAAGGGUGUAAACCCUGAUUACUCGGCGGAUGAUCCUGUUGCUACAGCCCAGGCCUAUAGAGCUGUUGCUCCUGAUUUGAAAUCUGGAUUUGAUGCAGCAGAAAGAAGAAGACAAAUGAUUCAAGAAUCCAAGUUCUUGGGUGGUGACAUGGAGCACACUCACUUGGUAAAAGGUCUUGAUUAUGCUCUGCUUCAAAAAGUUAGAAGCGAGAUUCAACACAAGGAAUUUGAGCAGGAACAGGAAUUGGAGAAGCUUGCUAUAGAGUCCGAAGAAAAAAAGAAGGAAAAAGAGAGAAAGGAUCUAUUGAAGAAAGAAGAGGAGGACAUUAAAUUUACAACAAAAAUUGGGCGAUCCAUAUUUUUCACUGUACAAAACAUAAGAUCAAGACACAUUGAAAGAUCUGAGAUGUUUGUGCCUGGGAGGAUGGCUUAUGUGAUUGACUUGGAAGAGGAUGCUGAAACUGACAUCCCCACAACCUUGUUGAGAUCAGUGGCCGAUGUGCCAUCAUUUGAAUUGACCACUACACUUUCAACCAAUGACAUAGUGAUCAACAAAUUGACGCAGAUUUUGAGUUACUUGAGACAAGGUAGUCGUAAAAAAAACAAGCACAAACGUUCCCUAGAAGAUUCAAAAGACUACGAAGAAGAAAUUGGCAAAAAACCAUCAAAACGAUCAACAAAUAACGAGGAUUCGAUCUAUGGAGACAUUGGAGAUUACGUGCCAUCGCGUAGCAACCACAAACACAGGGACCGCCAUCACGGAGACGCUAGAUCUAGCAAACACGAUUCUUCAUAUUUCGACAAGCAAGACCACAGGGAAUCAGUUGACAAUGCUGCUCCGUCCUACAGAGUCAACAAAUCAGCUGAAAUCCUCACUAAAUUGCAACAAGAACCUGAAGGAUACGCAGAAUGUUAUCCUGGUUUGGAAGAGAUGAACGACGCUAUCGAUGACAGUGACGAUGAAGUGGACUACUCUAAAAUGGACCUAGGUAAUAAAAAGGGACCGAUUGGGCGAUGGGACUUUGAUACUGCCGAGGAAUAUUCUGAUUAUAUGAAUCAAAAGGAAGCUUUGCCUAAGGCCGCGUUUCAGUACGGUCUCAAAAUGGCUGACGGAAGAAGAUCUAGGAAGCACAAGGACAAGAACGAAAAGGCCCAUUUGGACAGGGAAUGGCAGAAAAUCCAAAAUAUUAUACACAAAAGAAAUUAA